AUGGUGCGCGGUUGUGCGAUUUUUUCUCAACUGCUACUUCUAUACGUUGUUCGUGAUACAUGGGGACUUCGGUGCUACGUUGGUGUUCUUGGUCAACCACAAUCGCGGAUAGUCCGAGGAGGAAAGUACUGCGGUGUGGUAUUUGAGUUGCCCUGCGAGGGAAAAGGGUUCUAUGAUCAAUUCAAUGCUGAUGAAAUUUGGAAGUCAUCACCAGAUUACUCAACUGAAGAAUCAUAUCCUGAAUGUUUUCAGAAUCCUUUCCCAGAAGAUCGUUCUCUCCAGUCUACAACAACAACAACUCAGAGAAUGACCACAACAAAAGAGGGGAAAUUGGGACCGUUGCUGCCGGACAUGAAAAAAACCAGGAAACCAGGAACAGUUGAAGAUCACACCAAGGACGCUUUCAAAAAAGAUGAAGGCAGUGAAAAAGGAAAAAAUUCAGGACAAAUUCCCAGACUGCAUUGUUCAUGCUUCGUAAUUUUUUACAUGUACAUCGUUUGGUUGCUGUACUUUUGA